GACGGCUAGGAUUUCGAAAACCCAUCAACACAAAAAGUUAAAGCGCGGGGUUGAUUUCAUCACUUGUUGUGCGUGCGUGUCAUAUUUUCGAGAACAUUCUCGCCGGUCACCCACCUGCCGUCGUCGGUGGCGGUGCUGGUGGUUUUCCGGCCAUUCCCACCUCCUCCGGUUGCUCUUUUCACUUCCAUCAUGCUUGCCAUUUUAUAAUCUUCUCAUCAUUCAACUUCCCCGAUCUGUCUAUAUAUAAAUCUUUUAUUUAAUAAUCGAUUUUCAUUUCGAGAUCUCAUUAUAUAUAUUUAAUCGCCUGUCUAGUCCUCGUCUUCACGCUUUUCUUGUGCAGGGAAGUACGUUGACAUCGAAUAAGAUGUCUCUCAAAUUCCUUGUGCGAGAAUGGCGAGAGCUGAGAGAUGCGAUUAGGAGGAAGAAUCGGGGGAAAGGGAAGCAUUGGCGUAACCGUGCACGAUCACAUAUUGCACCUGAUUUAGCCCCGUCUGAACCGAUUGAGCAGGGUAAAUGGGCAGAUAUGCCUCCGGAAUUGCUUUUGGAUAUAAUUCAAAGGGUUGAAGAGAGUGAGAAGUCGUGGCCUGCUAGAAAUGCUGUGGUUGCUUGUGCAUCAGUGUGCAAGUCAUGGAGGGAUGUUACUAAGGAGAUUGUCAGGACUCCGGAGGAAUGUGGGAGGCUUACCUUUCCCAUUUCGCUGAAGCAGCCUGGUCCUCGUGAUGCCCCAAUCCAGUGCUUUAUCAGAAGAGACCGGGCCUCUUCCACUUUUUGCUUGUACGGCAGUCUAGCUCCUUCUGAGGAUGGGAAUGAUAAGCUAUUGUUAGCAGCCAAAAAGAUCAGGAAACCGACAAGCACGGAAUUUGUAAUAUCUUUGGUUGCAGACAAUUUUUCUCGAUCCAGUAACACAUAUAUUGGCAGAUUGAGGUCUAAUUUUAUGGGCACAAAGUUCAAGAUAUAUGACAACCAAUCUUCAGAUGAUGCAGCAGCUCUAUCUAAAAGUAAGUCGGGUCGGAGAUUGCAUUCUAUAGCAUGCAACUACCACACAGCAACCAUUUCCUAUGAGCUUAAUGUCCUCCGCACAAGAGGGCCCAGGAGAAUGAAUUGUGAUAUGCAGACAAUUCCGUUCUCCUCGAUUCAGGAAGGAGGGACAGCCCCAACACCAAUGUCACUACCAAACUCUGUUGCAAGAACAUCUUCUUUCUUAGUGUCUGAAAGAAAAGCACAGCUUGCCAGAGAUUGUAGCUCCUUGAAAUUUCCUUCUGAGUCGCUGGUUCUUAAAAAUAAGUCUCCUAGAUGGCAUGAACAGUUACAAUGCUGGUGCCUUAAUUUUAAAGGCCGUGUGACUGUAGCUUCAGUAAAGAAUUUUCAGCUUGUUGCAGCUGUUGAUCCUUCAGACAAUGUAUCAGAGGCGGAGCAAGAGAGAGUUAUUCUACAGUUUGGGAAGAUUGGAAAAGACAUAUUCACCAUGGAUUAUUCCUACCCGAUAUCUGCAUUCCAAGCCUUUGCCAUAUGCUUGAGCAGCUUUGACACCAAACCAGCAUGUGAAUGAAUGUUAUUCUUAUUUACAUGGAUUUCCUAGAGCACCGUUUUCGUAGCUGCUUCCUCAAAACCUUAAGUAUGUGUACUCAAAGUUGUACAUUGUAAUGUCUUUACAGAUCUUACAAGUUAGAGAGGACAGUCGCUUAAGAAAGUGGUCUUCUCCAUAAUUUUAUUCUAUAGCUGGAUUGGAUAAUUUUCUGCAACACAUCUUGUUUUCAUGUCA